UGGAUAUAUACUUAAAACGUUUCAUUUAUUUAUUGUUUUUUCUUUUUUACCUCACAAACAUUUGUGUGUUGUUAUUACCUGUAAAGCCGCCUGACUUCAGCACUCAGUGUUAUUCCGCCUCCCAUACGGACCUAUAUUUUGUCUCCGUGUACCCGCGGAUGAAUCCGUUAUCAACCUGCGCGUCGAACUGCAAGAACACCGAAAAAUCACACCCGCAUUUUCACCAUGUUGGCCCCUCAAAGGAUGACACUUUGGCACAGGUUUUGACGAAUGUGAUGGAAAGCGACAACCCAUCUACUGAGACAGACACGUCGCCUCAGCACUGGAGAAGCUGCAAGUUGAUGAUUGACCCGGCGCUGACCAAAGGCCUGUACAAAGUGUAUCGUUUUGACGGACGCCACUUCAACAUACCCGUCGAGGACUUGGGCCUGUUUCCCGUGGAUACAGUCAGAGAUCCGCGCAUCUGUCGCCUGUGGAGCAGAAGCAACGCGAUUCACCUUGUAGUGCCUAAAUUUAAGGUGGACGGGUGGUACGUCGGCCCUGUUCCUCCCAAGGAAGUGACAUUCUCCGGCCUGAACGACAAUGUGAGGGAGGCCUUCUUGACUAACAUGUGCAAACAGCAUGGAAACGCAGAAGAGGUGGAGAUCUUUUACAAUCCUAAGAACAGGAAGCAUUUGGGGAUCGCAAAGGUCGUCUUUGACACAGUGAAGGCUGCAAAAGACGCCGUUCAGCACCUUGACCAAACGUCCGUGAUGGGGAACAUCAUUCACGUCGAGAUCGACCCUAAAGGUGAAAACAGAGCGCGCUACCUGCAGCUCCUCCUCCACGGCCUGUACACACCCUGGACGUUGCCAGUGGGCAGCAGUGAGAGAGCCCUUGAUACCUUCAUCGACCGACUGCUGGCAGGCGUGGGCCGGCAGCGGCCGGGCCUCGCGUGCAGCCCCGCUAGCAUCGCGACGCCCCUCUCUCUGGACACCGCCUGCUCCGGCCUGUGGCAGGACACGCCCUGCAGCUUCGGGCUCACGCCGCGCUCUCAGGGAACCCCGCGCACGCCCUGCCUGUCUGCGACGCCUCUCUCCCAGGACUCCUGCUACUCCAGCCUUCAGGCGACGCCGGUCCUCCAGGGGGACCCCCCCGCCGGCAGCGCGCACGGCGACUCGAGGCUCUGCCGCCGCAAACCUGCCCGGUGCCUCAGGUGGCAGCCGCCGCCGCCGCCGCAGAGACACGCCUCCGGCCACGCCUCCGGCCACGCCCCCGGCCACGCCCCCGGCCACGCCUCCGGCCACGACGGUGCAAAAGACCCCGCCUCCCCGUGUCAGGAGCCCAAGGCGUUCCCUCAGAGCUGCAGCUCCUUCUCAGACGAGCCGGAGGCGCGGCCGCCGCGCCGCCCUGCCAGCGGCCGCGCCUCCGGCAGCCCGCGGCCGCACGCGGAGAGCCUGGACUCUCGUAUUGAGAGUUUGCUGAUAAACAGCCGAGGGUCCGAGCCGUCGUACUUUGCCAGGAAGGCGCUGGAGGCUGCCGCCCACUCUCAGGACAGCCCCAACUCGCCGCGCUCGGCUAAAAGCUCCCCUUUUUUAGAUGAUUCGCUUGCGUGCAGCCCAGCGUCCUGUGGCUCUGUCACAACCAGGCAACGGUGCAGUGGUUUGGGGGGUGUGGGUACAGAAUCACUAGUGGAAGAUGAAGAAGAUGAAACUAUUCAAGCGGUUUCAUUCCUCACAAGGAACUCCGAGUCUCCCUCUCUGUGUGAUUUCGUACUUGAACAGAGUGCGGGUGUAGAUAAUGAUAAAGACCUCCAGUCUCUGCCAAGUCUAAAGAACCACCGUGAGGCCAGUGGGGAUGUGGAGCACUCACACACCGCUCAGCUCGCAGCUCUGGCACCGACUGACGCUCAACCUCAGACCGUUCACACCACUCCUCCCUUUAACCCCCAAAACCCUCCUGCCACCAGACCCAGAUGCUCCCGCCCGCCGGUCUCUGCUUUCGCCUUCCCCCCUCCUCCCUUUCCCCCAUCCGUUCCGCCCGUCCCACCUCGUCUGCCCAACGGCACCAUCCCCAUCCCACCUCCAGGCUGGAUCCCCCCUCAGAGCCAUCACACCAGUAUGGCCAUUCCUCCUCCCCCUAUCCCCCCUCCACCCUCUCUUCCUCCCCCGCCGAGCUUCCUAGGACCCCCUCCGCCUCUGAUGGUGCCCCCUUCUCUUCCACCCCCGGCACACAUGUACCCUUUACACCUGCAGCCCCCAGGCCCUUUGAAUAACGGGACCCUGUCGAGGCACGGCAGCACACCGUUCCCUCUUCUACCCUGGUCCGCUCCACCUUUUCCCAGCUUUAACCCGUUUGUGCCCCCACCACACUACACGCCAAUGCAGGAAAACCCUCACAGGGUCACGGUAGACCAAGUUUUGAAAGUCCUCAUGGAUGAACUGAAAUCGAUCAUUAAGAAGGACAUUACACGGAGAAUGAUUGAGGGAGUUGCUUUCAAGGCAUUUGAGGACUGGUGGAACCAUCAGGAGACGAAAACAAAGAUACAAGUUCCUCAGUUUAAAAGUGGAGCAGGAAGCGUGGGGGAGAGGAACAAACUUCUGAAUCCUCUCAGUCACAUCCGAGGUCAGGCCAAAAAACCUCCAUUACCGUCCUUCAAGGUUAAAAGGAAAACACCAGAUGAACCUCAUACAACACGACAGACAGAAAAACCAUUGAGCUCUAUUUCUGAAAACAGUGUUGUGAAACUGGCGGAUGAUGUAGUGACACCGAAACGCAGACAUGCAAGACCUCAUGAGCUUGACAGUGAUGAUGAUGAUGAUGAUAAUGAGGGUGACGUUGAAGGGAAAGGUGAAGACGGAACGUGUGUUGAAGAAGCACAACCAGAUAAAGUGGAGAAUCUUGUUGUAGACAGCGAAGCUCUUCAAAUAAUGAAUGAUCAGGAUGAUGUGGAGGAAAGCUUUUGUUCUAAAGAGAGGGAGUUGACACGAAAACGCAUAGAUGAAGAUGAAAGUACCACCUCCGCUGAUGGAGCAGAGUGCUCAGAUGAGGUCACAGAGGCUGCAGAGAGCGCCUCAGAGGAAAGCGAGAACUCGUCCGAGUACAGCUCCUCUGACUCGGCCUCUUCUGAGAGCUUUGAGGAUUCCUCCUUCUCCGACACAGGUCCUGAAGAUGAAGACAUGCAGGAGGACGCCGGGGACCACGCGAGCGUCGAGUGCAUAGUGAUAUCGUCAGAUGAGGAGUCGAUGGAGUACGAGUCCCCCCACACGCCCUCGGCCCCUCUCACCCCGGGUGCACAGCUGGACCUGGGCCUGCAGGGCUGGUCGGAUCCAUUUCAUAAAGACCAAACAAAGGAGAGACAGUCCAGCUGCUGCCACAGAGACAUCUGUGAGGUGGAUGUUAUGAUGGAUCUACACGAUAGUGAACCACAGGACCUGCAGCCUCCAUCGCCUGUAGAACUACCAGUGGACCCAGACCUUGAGGUUGUGAUGGAAAGCCCUGAAUGGACGAGGGAGUCUCCACAGAACUUGGAGGCCGUGAGGCCUCUGACUCCUACUGGCUGCUUGCUGGACAAUGACCCUGAGCUUUUGAUCAAAAGCAAACCAACCUCCCCGGCUGCGGAGGAGGUGGAAAGGCCACAAACGCCGGGCAAGGGAAUAGUGGCCGAGCUUGAAGGCGAGGACUCAGGCGAAGCCAGUGAAGCCCUCUCCCCACUUCUCUGUGACUUUGUUCCAGCUCUUGCUGAUCUCCCACUGGCCUCGUGCCCAUUUUACCAAGAGAUGCCUAAAACCCCCGGAGAGGAGGAGAGAAGCGGGUGGACCGAGUGCACCUCUGAGAGGACUCUAGCAACACCGGGCAGAGAGAUGUUGGAAGGGAGCGCGGUGACGCACCAUAGCAGCCCACCACCUCCUUCAAACCUGUCUGUGAAUCCCUACAUUACAGCCCCAAAGACCCCUGGAAGAGACAUUAUCCUUCCCAGGAGAGCGACAGUCCACAGGAGGAAAGCAGCCGCAGGGCCUCUGCCAUGUGACGACUCCCUCCAUGGCUCUCCCACCUCAGCGUCUUCUCCAGGCAGCGCCUCUCUCCCCUCAUCCGACCCCCCCGACGACAGGAGUGCGUGGAGUAGUUCGUGCGUCAGAACAAAGCCUUUGCAGGGGCUGGAGAACAUGCCCGGCCUUUUGGGCAAGGAGGCGUUCUUGCUGCGGCGAAGGAGGCUAAAGAGGCGAUGGAGAGAUCAUCAAGCGAAGAGAAAUCCCAGCUCACUGUCCUCUCACGGUCGUCCCCGAAGGCGACGUUCGCUCUGCGAAGCGAGGAGGAUCCUUCAUAGUGUUUGGAAGGAGGGCCUUGAUGAAGAGGAUGCGAGGCUGCUGCUGUGCGCCUAUGAAAGGCUGCAGGAGCAGGACAGUGGCUUUGGGUGGCUCAGCGACACUGUCUGGAUUCAUCACCCACUGACUAAAGUCCCCACAGACAGAAGUGAGGAGCACAGAUCCUGGCUACCGAAGCACAGGACCGGGUCGGCACGCAGCGAAGGUUUCUACAGAAUCAGCAGGAAGGAUAAACUUAAAUACCUCAAUGACACUAAAGCCACCAACGAGCCUCCAGCUAUCAGUGCUCUGGGAACGUGCAUCCCAGCCCAGCAUCAGACCUCGGUGCGCGCGGGAUCCGACUUCAGGUCCGAGCAGCGCCGCCUGCUGUCCUCCUUCAGCUGUGACAGUGACCUGGUCAAGUUUAACCAGCUGAAGUUCCGAAAGAAGAGGAUUCGUUUUAGCCGAAGCCACAUCCACGAGUGGGGCCUGUUCGCCAUGGAGCCGAUAGCAGCGGACGAGAUGGUGAUCGAGUAUGUGGGCCAAAUCAUCAGACAAGUCAUUGCUGACAUGAGGGAGCAGCGGUAUGAGGAGGAGGGCAUCGGAAGCAGCUAUUUGUUCCGGGUUGACCAGGACACAAUCAUUGAUGCCACUAAAUGUGGGAACUUGGCCCGGUUUAUUAACCACAGCUGCAAUCCCAACUGUUAUGCAAAGAUCAUCACUGUGGAGUCCCAGAAGAAGAUCGUGAUCUACUCCCGGCAGCCAAUAAGCGUCGAUGAAGAGAUAACGUACGACUACAAGUUCCCCAUCGAGGAAGAAAAGAUUCCUUGUCUGUGUGGGGCAGAUAACUGCAGGGGCUCCUUGAACUAAUCAUAAGUGCUCUCAUUGUGGCAAAUGCUGGAGUUAAACACAUAAACAGCAUGUAGGACAGUA